AUGGAAUAUUUUGGAAAAUCAAAAAAUGAUGAUUAUCGAAGAUCUCAUGGACCAAAUCCAGAAUAUUUUCCCGAUAAUCCAGGAAGGAGAGAACUUCAGAGUUCCAGGAAAACAACUCCCAGUAAUACAUUUGAAAAUUUGAAUGGAAACGUAGACAAAAUUUCUCAACAAACAAGAUCUGUCGAUGGAACAGUCAAUGGGAGAAAUCUGCCUAUUGGUAGUUCAAAUGUGUUUUAUGGAUAUGGCGGUCCCUUCCGCUUUGAUGACGACACUGAUGGAAGCUCUGAGACCUAUUCCAUGCAGGAUUUCAAAAUUCAACCAUGGAUGGAUAAAAUUACGGGUGGCACAUUCAAAAAGAACUACAUAGAUCGAGUGUCAUUUCGGCCCUCACUCCAUCAUAACCCCCAAAGUAGGAUGGACGAUAUUCGGCAGUUUCGAAGCAAGGAAAGUCCAAGUGAAACUGAUUCUAAGGGAAGUAAAUCGAGAACUAUUGUGACCAUUUUGAGCAUAAUUUCGGGGAUCAUAUUAAUCGGAUGCAUAGCAGGAACACUUGCAUAUUUUCUGUCACAAAAAGAUGUAGCAACCGGUGAGCUCAGUUUGAAUGAAAUCUUCUAUGAAGAACUGUCGAAUUCAUCUUCACAAGAAUUCAAGAAUUUGAGCUCCAAAUUCUGUGGCGCAAUUACAGAAGCAUUGCAAAACUCCACAGAAAACGGGGAUAAAUACAGACUAUGUGAAGUUAGAGAUUUCAGAAACGGGAGCAUAAUAGUUCGAUUCAAAGUGUAUUACGUUUACACGGCCACUGUCACUAUCACCAAUGAGACGGUUGAGAAGGAUCUGAAUAACUCUUUAACAUCCAAAGAUGCCAAUCUCGCACAGCUUUCAACUUUAGUUAUUAUAAAAGUGACUUUGAAAAUCACAGUCGAAGUGGAGACUUUCCGAAAAGAAAACGAUCCUGUUGCAACCAAUUCAUUACCUUCUACAACUCCAUCCCCAACAACAAAAGCAACUACUAUACCGUCAACAGAAAGCACAGGAAGCAUAUUUUCUUCAGAACCCUCAACUGAUGCUACAACAGGAACAAAUAUAACAAGAGUAACCACUACAACAACACCGACCACAACAACACCGGCCACAACAACAAUACCGAUCAGUACAAUAACAUCGACAACUUCAACACCAACCACAACAACAACAUCGACCGGUACAACAUUAACCACUUUAACAACACCUUCCACCAUUACAACACAAAUAACUACAAAAUCGACACAUACAACAACACAAACCACUACAACAACAGCAACGGCAGCUACAACACCGUCCACUACAACAACACCGUCCACUACAACAACAACGCCGUCCACUACAGCAACACCGGCCACUACAACAACACCGACCGCUUCAGCAACUCAAUUGACCACAACAACAGCAGCUACCACCACCACAACACCGACCAGUUCAACAAUGCCCACCACUACAACAACAUCUACUACUACAUCACCACCCUCUUCAAUGAUAACGACCAAUACAACAACACAGAUCACUACAACACUGACUACUACUACAACACCGACCUCUACAACAAGACCAACCACUUCUACAACACCGAUCACUACGACAACAGCAGCAUAUAUAACAACACCAAUGACUGCAACAACAGAGAACACAAACAGUAGUAAACUACCGAGGACGACGGAAACAUUGGACACCACAACCGAAGGCACAAAAUUGAACAUUACAACAACAACAAUGACAAACGAAAACACAUCUGACAGUGAAACGCAAACGUCUUCGUCAAACACUGCGAUGUCAACUGAAAGAAUGACACUAACUACAACUACAGAUAGUACAACACUGGUAACCACUGAAACAGAAAUCAUGACAGAAAAAACAAUACCGGUGACAGCUAAAACAGAAAGGACGACAGAAAGUUCAAUACCGGCAACACUAAACUCAACUGAGAGUAUAAAGCCAACGACUACAACAGUAGAAGAUAUCAUGACUUCCACCGAAGGAACAACGCUAUCGAUGACAAUCACAGCAGAAAGAAAAAUAGAUACGGCAUCACCAGACGAGACUUCAAAGCCGACGACUACAACAGAAACAAAAAGUACAACAGACAGUACAACACCAUUGACUUCUUUGGCAUCAUCAACCGACAGUACAAUAACACAGACUUCAAUAGCAACAGUAAGCACCGUCUCUACGGAGCCAUCAACGAAAAGUACAACAUCAGAAUCGACAUCAAAAAUUGAAAGCUCAACAUCUACAGAAAUGUCAACCAACAGUACAAAACUAACAACGCCAACAACAGAGAUCAUUACAUCUAAAGUACCAACAACCAAUAAUACAGAUCAAUCGACUUCAAUAACAACUGAUAGCAUAACAUCUUUUGCAUCACCUAGUGCUACAUCAAAAAUAAACCAAACAACUUCAGAAAGCACAACCGAAAGCACUACAGAAAAUAUGUCACAAAUAUCUACAACUGUGUCAGCAGAUAGCACAACUCGCGUUAUAACACCAACAAUGGAGACGACUUCUAGGACACAGGAAUCAACGCAAUGUAACGAUUGUGUCACAGAUUCUACAGUAGACACAACAGCUUCAUCAGACUUUACAGUUCAAAGUACACUUGAAACAACUGCUGCUGUAGUCAUGGAAUAUACAGCAGACGUCAGAGUCCCGAGGAUCACUGCAAUCGUCGGGGAAACUACUACAGCACAAGGAUGUAUAGUCAUCCCACACGGCGAGUGGCUGCAUGUAGAUCUAUCAAUCGAUUAUAACAGUUCAUCACACGUCAUUGCAAAGUUGGAUCACAACAAAAUAUUUCAAAAACCGACUUCUGUUGACAGAUUUAACGGUAGCAUUGACAUGAAUGGUGAUGAUAUUGUUGUUACAUUAACGGUUGAUUUAACAUCACCAAAAUCAGACUUUUGCACAUGGGACGGCCGAUACAUCGUCACAUGCUCCGUGAUUAUGAAUGAUACAAUGCAAACCAGACAAACUAAUGGGAGUCAGAUUUCAAUUACAGCGCCAAUGGCAAAAGUGAACAUAAACCCUGAAGUCGAUUAUAGGGAAGGUGAUCUGGUAACUUUUAAUUGUUCUACUAAUAUUGACCCAAAUUAUAGUGAAGUAAGACUUGAACUAAAUUCUUAUGUGAUGGACAAAAUAAAUAUGUCACCCAUUCCAACGGAAAGAAACUUGGAUUGCUCUGUUAAUGUGACCUGGUCCGCUAGUUCACCAAAUCCUCUGACUACAAACGAAAAUGGUGUCGUAAUUCGUUGUGUUACUACAAACUCCUUGCUGAAUAAAAGUGAGGCAAUAGAAAAGACACUGAAUGUGUCUGCUGUAGAUGUGGCAUUUUCAAAGUAUUCGUACACAACACUGACAAAAGAACUCCAAGUAAUAGAAUGCAUAGCUCGUGGUGCAUCCUCAAUCCUGCAAAAUAUGACAAUUAUCAGAGAUAGUGUUGAAAUUGUUACUUUGGACGGAUCGGGUACACCUAUAAUUCUCACAUCAGAAAAUAGAUACACAGUGACAAAAGAAAACGAUGCUGAUGAUGUUAAGCUGAUUUUAAGAAUUACAACAGCUGACUGUGAAGACCAGGGUACAUAUAGAUGCCGUGUGCUAACAACGGAAAAUGAUUCCAGAAGUUCUCCUCACAUGACCUUUAAUGUUAUAGGUGCAACACCCACCUUGAAGUUGAAUCCUGAUAUUUAUGAAAUUUUUCCAAGGCUAAACUUUGAUCAUAUUUGCACGACAGAACACACCGGAGACAUUAAGAGUGAUAAAUACUUAGAAAUUCAAAUUUACCGUGCAAAUGAUUCAUCUGGAUUUAGAUACUCAAAGAGAUUACCGGAAUCAGAAAAGGAAUUUAAUUCUGAGAACAAUAUUACAUAUAUCAACAUUACGGGGACUACUGCCCAGUUUCUCCUUGUCUCUGAUUUUACUACGAACAAUUCAUGUAACAAUACCCAGACCAUCGCAUUUUUAUUGGAUCGGCCAAUGGAGUUUGACAAGGGAAUUAUUAAAUGUGUUUUGAGAGAUGACAAUUUCGAAUAUGCACAUGCAGCGGACAGCAUAACUGUUAUUCCAGACGAAUAUUGCAUGGGUUACGAGGAUAAAUCAAAACGAAAUCAUCCAAACAACGAUUGUCAUUACUUUGUAAAUUGUGUUGAGGAUGGUGGCCGUAUGUAUGCAACGGGAGACAGCUGUAGAACUCCCGGUCUAUGUAUGGACUUCAGUCGAGAUUAUUGUGUUGAAUGUUACGAAAAUUUUACCUGUAAAAGUCCUGAACCAGUAACAACUACAACUACAUUAGCGCCAGGAAAAACAUAUGUGCAGUGUUCUGAUGUCUCUCAGAAAGAAGGUUUACCAAUCACAAUCAACUGCACAGUCCUCGAUGACACUUUUCAAAGCCUUAAUGUAACUUUUACUUCAUCUGUCAAUGGAUAUAAGGAAGAAAAUGUAGGCAUAAUAUUAUCUGAUGGAUCAAUUCAAAAUCAAGCAAGAUCAUUUCCGGUUUUAAAUACAACAUUUUCUGGGGGAUCUAAAUAUAUUCAUUUUGUCAUUGGUUCAUCAUCAUGUAUGGAGGAAGGAAGAUACUCUCUGACAGACACAAACGUAUCCAUGGGCACACAACCGUCCAUCUCAUCGUUCUUCUUUGAUAACUUAGUUCCCGUAAAAAAGCUUGCUAUCAAUAGUGAAUCGGUGUACAAUGAAGGGAAACCCUUAAUAUUUAACUGUACUGCAACAGUGGACUCUGACCAUACCGAACUUUUAGGAUACUACAAGCUGCCGUCUGACAAUUUUUAUGUAAAAAUACAAGGAGAACAAACAGUUUUACAAAUAUUUACCCAAAACUGUACUAAAUCAGUGAUAUCAAGGUUUGACACAGGUUUGGUUGUUUCAUCAAGUCUAAACGGAACUAAGCUGAAAUGUUUGUACAACGAAAUCAGCCCAGAAGUUUUGGAAGAAAAAAAUGUUAAAAUACAGUCGGCAGACGUUGCCUUCGAUACGUAUAAACUAAAAGCAGAACUAAGGAGUGAAGCAAACUUUACCUGUGUCGUAAGAAGUACUGGAUCUUACAAAGCAAUAAAGAUCUUGAAAAUAAUCAACAGCACAUCAAUAAUAGAAAUGGCUUCUUAUACAUCAGCAUCUAAUUCAGUACAAAGAAUAGCCGGGGUUGAUGCAAAUUUUAGCAGCAAUGCUCUUAGCUUGAUAUUCACUUCAGUAAUGUGCUCUGACGAAGGGCAAUAUAACUGUACUGUUAUCAUGGAUGAUGAUUCGGAACAGCAGCCUCCACUUUCACUUGAUGUUCAAGUAACAACUUCACCGGGCUCCUCAGCUGUUGAAUUAUUUGUGGACCCAGACAUUGUUGAAGGGAGAGUUUCCCAAACUCAUUAUUGCGUGGGCUCUGUUGGGUACCCUGAAGUUGGAGGUUAUUUAGAGAUAACGUUUGUCCAUCCUUUGACGAACGAAAAUAUAACACUUAAUAAAGAAAGCUUACGGACUAUUUCUGGUAAUGAAAUAGAAAUUGAAAGCACUCUGAAACCUUACAACAAAGAAGAUUGCAAAACUAUGGAGACAAUUUCAUUCACUUUAAAACCUUCAGGGAAUUGGAAUAGAGGAAAAAUUGUAUGUGAAGUCAAAAGUCAGGAUGGAUCGGUUCAAAAGGCUAUCAAAGAGGACGUUUUAUACGUUAUUGAUGAAUCAUUCUGCAACUCUACGAACAAUCAAGAAAUUUAUUUUGACCAUGAAAAGGUGGAUUUUUGUAAUACUUAUGUUCAGUGCAGUGUGGGAAAGCCUUAUGGAAGACACUGCAAUCCAAAUGAGUGUGUGUUCAUCGGAAAAGCAUAUUGUGAUGACUGUUCUCGUGCUAAAUGUACAGAAGGAGUUACAACUACAGAAGCAACGUUAUCAAGUUCUGUAACAACACCAGUAUCUGAUUCUCGUUCUCUCAAUUGUACAUCAACUUCUGUAUACGAAGGAGAAAGUGCAGUUAUUACAUGUUCAUUCAACGUUUCCUCUUUUGAUUUUAUAUCUAUAUCCAAUGAAAAAGGAAAUAUAAUGACAAUAUUUGAGAAUACAACAGUUAUAUAUUUUGGUGAUUCUUCUUCAACAUUUCAAGGUUCUUUAACUGGGAAAAUGGUGUUGUUUAUUGUUAAAAACCUCUAUUGUAAUAACUCUGUAGAAUAUGAAUUUAAACUCUACAAUGGAGGAAUAGUUUCAAGUUCUUCUACAGCACAUCCUCUAAUGAAAGUAAAACCAUUAACACCUGUCCUAGACAUCGACUAUAGGUUGGAGAUGGGUAAAAACCAGAAUUUUCACACUUGCAAAAGUUAUAUUGGAAAUCCGAAGGGAUCCCUUGAAUUGGAGAUAAGGAACGAUUCAUUAGGGACAUACAACAAAUACAUUCCCACCAUUCAAUCUUUUAACACGCCAGCUUAUGAAAAUUGCAAUUAUCAUUUGAUUUUGAAGUUUUCCAUAGACCUAACAAAAGACAAUUUGACUGGUCAGUAUAUAAGAUGUCUUGCUAAAAAUACCGAGAGUUUGCAAAACACCGAUCCUAUUCCAACAUCGAAUGAAGUUCUAAUCAUUCCGCUCCAAGCAAAUCCCUGUAGCGGAGCUAAUGGUAAUUAUCCACAUCCAAGAGACUGUAAUCAUUAUCUUCAAUGUUCAAAUAAUAUCGCAUAUACUGGGAUUUGCCCGGGUGGAACAUGUUUUAAUGCAACAACUUUAGGGUGUUUAUGAUACAUAUGCCAGAGGAAGUGUUUUUAAGUUGUUAGGAUUUAUAAUUGUAAAGUUCGUUAUCUUCAUACUUUAUUUAAAAAAUAUUCAACUCAAAACAAGAUAUUUUUAGUUUAUUAUGCUACUGUAACAAUACCUUUUGAGAUCUAUUCUGUUCUGUUUUUGCAGAAAGGCUAGUGUCCAUCUUUCUAUGAGUUUUUUUUUUGGCUACGUUUUAUGUCUCUCUGGAUGACAGUAACUAAUAUACAAUAUAGCAAAUACAAAUAUUGGAUUAAAUUCUGACAGUUUCAUAUUUGAAGUGUCACAAGGGAGCAUUAAAUAAUGUAUUUAUUAUCUAGUUUUAGGAAAUUUGUGCUUUUAUAGAAUGGCAUUUGAAUAAACAUUCUGAUAAUG